AUGAGGAUCCACACUCUGCUCACCAUCGCCUUCGCCGCCAUCGGUGUAUCCGGCGAACUGGUCUCGCUCGACUGUAUCCCCGGCACCGGCAAAGAUGCAUACUGCGCUCCGAACGGCAAGUGCUGCGCUCCGCAGACCUGCCACUACAACGAAUGCCAACGUACGCUACUCACAUCGCCAACUCGACAGGGAAGGGUCCUUUUUACUGACACUCGCAAGGCACGUGCGAAGAUGGCGGCGACUGGUGCGAUAAUGGCCAGAAGUGCUGCCCCACAUCUGGAUCAACGGGACCUCCUAAGUGCAAUGACGUGUGCGUUCUUUGAGGGUAUGACACUUUCUCUCCGUGUUGGGUCUACUUGCGAAAGGUGGUACUGA